GCGGGGCUUGCAUAUAGAUAUGACUGGGCAUUCGCAUUAACUGUAACUGGAGGGGCAAAGAAUAUCCCCUCAUACAGGAUAGUAUACAACCAAUUAUCAAUCACUGUCUAAGGCACCUCAAGCCAUUAGGACAAGGUUCCCGUACUCUUUUACUGUCUCGAUUGUUCCCUUCAAAUCCCAAUGAUAAGGUCACCUUACUGGAAGAUUUAGUUGUCGAACUCAAGCUCGGAAGCCUCAACGCCUCAGAGUUUAAAAACUCAAAGGUCCAGCCCGGCCAAGCCAAGAAUAGACCACGACGUUCCCGGAAACGACUGCAUAGCAUAACAAAACCAGCAACUGAGAGACGGCGGCAAAAACCAUGACAAGCCAGGCGUCGACGCAAACGCCUCUUCCCCGCGUUUCUAUCCAGUUUUGCACGCAGUGUAAAUGGAUGUUACGAGCUGCCUAUUAUGCUCAAGAACUCCUCUCCACAUUCUCAACAGGCCUCGGAGAGGUCGCUCUUCAGCCUUCUACAGGCGGGACUUUCAUCGUGACUAUCACGCAUCAAGCCCCUGGUGCAGGCAUUGCUUCUACAAAGACCCUCUGGGAUCGACGGGAAGAUGGGGGCUUUCCUGAGACGAAGGAGCUCAAGAGGAGGGUGAGAGAUGUCAUUGAACCAGGAAGAGAUCUAGGCCAUGUUGAUAGGGAUCACGGGAAGAAGGAGGAGACAGCGAAAGACAAGCCAGUUGAGACGGAGAAAUGUGAGGAUUGUCAGUAGCAUUUCUCAAGCAUCUGUGGCCAUGACCUGGCUGGCUUAUGACAGGUGUAAUGAAUGCCUUCACGUGCGGCAUUCAUAUUGAUAACGCCUCUUGCUGUCCAAGUCGAAUCCUCCCUUAUGUAGGUGUAAAUAGGUAUAGUUAAACUUACACGCCUACGUGAUCGUCGUCUGAGGAGAUGAGUAUUCUUGUAAUUUCAUCACAGCCAUUCCGUAGUCAUCCUCACCCUUGGCGUAUGCCGAGUUACGAGUACUAUGAACCACAUUCAUCGCUCACGCAAAGAUAAUACGAC